GCCCUUGCAACCUACAGGUGCAGAGUGCUUUUGCAAUUGCUGUGGGCCUUCAUGCAACCUGCCGUCUUUCCUGGAAUGCCUGCAACACGCGGACACAGGCCAUGUAGGAAGGAACAGAUGGGACUGUAGGCUGACCUGGCUCUGCACACACGAAGGUGACGUGUGUGGCGUGGCGAGCACUGGUGGCAGGUUUCCAAACCCAGGUGGGGGUGAGAGUGAGUCAACAGGAAGAAAAUGACCCCACUUCUGGAAGAGUGAUUUAAAAAAACUCAGGGCUGGGCAGCUCAGAUUACAGUGAGGGCAUAAAUAAGCAGUGCCCGCCAACAAAGGCCUGGUUUGCUAGGAGACCCUGGAGCCUGGAAAGAAGUGAAGGCCAUGUCGCUUCUCCCCAUCUCCCUGCUGAUCCUGCUCACCCAGCUGCCAGGAUCACUGGGAGCAGAAAUGAAGACCUCUCUCCAGAGAAUUACCACCAACGCCUGCACCCUGGUCAUGUGCAGUCCCCUGGAGAAUGGCUUGCCGGGUCGAGAUGGACGGGAUGGAAGAGAGGGCCCCCGGGGCGAGAAGGGGGACCCAGGUUUGCCAGGACCUGCAGGGCAGACCGGGAUGCCUGGCCCAGCCGGCCCAGCUGGGGCAAAAGGUGAAAACGGCUCAGCUGGAGAACCAGGUCCCAAGGGAGACUCUGGACCACGGGGACUCCCAGGACCUCCAGGUACGCCUGGCCCAGCUGGAAAAGAAGGUCCUUCAGGGAAGCCGGGAAAUGUGGGAGCUCAAGGCAAACUGGGCCCCAAAGGAGAGCCUGGGCCCAAAGGAGAAGCAGGAACCCCAGGUAUACGGGGCUCUGUGGGGGCACAAGGCCCCCCUGGACCCAAAGGGGAGAAAGGUGAUGCUGGUGCACGUGGAGCCCCUGGAAGUGUGGGUGUAGCAGGAAACAGUGGCCCACAAGGUCUGCCUGGACCACCAGGACCCAGCGGCCUCCCAGGAGCCAAGGGGGACAAAGGUGCUUCUGGAGACACAGCUCUGAGGCAGCAGGUGGAGGCCUUACAAAAACAGCUUCAAAACCUCCAGGAAGCUGUCUCUAGAAAUGAGAAAGUGGAGCUCUUUCCUAAUGGCCGUCGCGUGGGCAACAAGAUCUUCAAGACCGGACACUUUGAGAAAACGUUUGAGGAGGCGUGGAAGGUAUGUGCUCAGGCUGGUGGGCAGAUGGCCUCCCCACGCUCUGUGGCUGAGAAUGAAGCCUUGCAGCAGCUGGUCAUAGCUGAGAACAAGGCUGCCUUCCUGAGCAUGACAGACAACAAGAUGGAGGGCAAGUUCAUCUACCCCACAGGGGAGCCCCUGGUCUACUCCAACUGGGCCCCAGGGGAGCCCAACAAUAAUGGCAAUGGAGAGAACUGUGUGGAGAUUUUCACCAAUGGCAAGUGGAACGACAAGAGCUGUGGAGAGCGGCGCCUGGUGAUCUGCCAGUUCUGAAUCAUUCCAGGUGGUGGGCUGACUGGCAGAGAGGCGCAAACCCAAGGCCUCAUAAUGUCCCAUUAAAGAGGUGAUGCACUUCUCAGA